UGAAAGCAACCAGCUCUGGCACAUAUAAAAAACCUCUUCUAAACCUCUCUGACAUCUCAGUUACAAAACCUCCAGCUCAAUAAUACAGAGACACUGAGAAUGGAAACAAAAGUGUUCAUCUGUGUUCUGUGUGCCUGUUUGGUAACACUCUUAGUGCAUAAGACAUCAUCAGCCGCAAUAAAUGAAGGCAUAUUUCUAUCAUACAAACCCUCUGAGCAAGGUCCUGUUAAUGGAAGUAAUUACGAGCAGAUGAGUAACCUUACCCUAAAUACAAAUACAACCCAAGAAAGUAUUUUGGAAAAGACCAUUGCGCCGAACCUUGCAGAGAACGAUGGGAAACAAAACUACACACAAGUCUCAAACACAACUCAAGGGUUACAAAACCCCGAAAUCAAGUAAUGCAACCAGCUCUAUAAAAAACCUCUUCUAAACCUCUCUGGCAUCUCAGCUACAAAACCUCCAGCUCAAUAAUACAGAGACACUGAGAAUGGAAACAAAAGUGUUCAUCUGUGUUCUGUGUGCCUGUUUGGUAACACUCUUAGUGGAUAAGACAUCAUCAACCUUAAUAAAUGAUGACACAUUUCUAUCAUACAAACCCUCUGAGCAAGGUCCUGUUAAUGGAAGUAAUUACGAGCAGAUGACUAACCUUACCCUAAAUACAAAUACAACCCAAGAAAGUAUUUUGGAAAAGACCAUUGCACCGAACCUUGUAGAGAACGAUGGGAAACAAAACUACACACAAGUCUCAAACACAACUCAAGGGUUACAAAACCCGGAAAUCAAGUAAUGAUAAAAGACAAAAAGAGAACUGGAAACCAACCUGUUAAACAGUCAACUCUGAUGCAAUGACAUGCUUUAAUGUUUGUUGAACAAAUUACCUUUGUAUUGUAGAAUAUGCAACAUCAAAUGCAAAAGAUGUGCCUGUUUAAAUGUACAAGAAAAAAAAGAAACCCAACUCAUGACUGUGCUAUGCUACACAGUGAAUGAUAUAACACUGAGAGUAGUACAGUAUAUCAAAAGAAGAGAAUUGCAAUUGUUUAAGUAAAGUUAAACAAGUACACUGAUAAAAAUUUUCUGCUUGAUUUACUUAAAAUAUUAUGAUCCUUUUUUGUGUGUGUGUAAAUGUAUUAUGUAGAUCAAUCAAGACUAGUCUUUGUAAAAACUACUUCAUUUUUCUGUCUGUUCAAAGAAUAUGUGUCUAUGUAGGUGUUCCUAUGGCUCAGUGGUAGAGCGUUGCAUUAGCAGCGCAAAAGGUUGUGGGUUUGAUUCCCAGGGAACACAUUAGGUAAAAAAAAAAGUUAGCUUGAAUGCAUUGUAAGUUGCUUUGGAUAAAAGCAUCAGAUAAAUGUAAAUGUAUGCUUAUCAAAGGUUAAAUUUUCAUUAUGUUGUUAUAAUGUCAAAAUAAUUUAAUUAACGGUCCAUUGGGAAAGAUGUUCCUGAGUUAAAACUUAAUAACUAAUUUGAAAUCACAUCUCUAACUGUAAACAUCUCAAAGUGUGAUAAUCCACUGAUUAUUUGUUCUUAAAUAACAUAAUAUGAAAACUACUUGAAGUCGCCAACAAGCCUACAAAACUACCAAUGUUAAAUGCCAAAAUAAUCUGAUUUAUAAUCUCUUGGGUAGAGGUUUAAACCCUAAACCUAGACGCUGUGAAUGGAGAAAUCACAAAACCAAGAGGCUGUUGAUAAUUUAGACCUGUCUUCUCCAGUUUGUAUUUCUUGUCAAAUUACUUAAUAUACUGUCCAAAAUUAUAUCCCAUUUGUAAGUCAAAAAAGGAUUUGCACCUGUAUGGUUUGUACGAUAGUGGUUAAGAUGGGAUAGACCAAUCCAGCAGAUAUAUUUCAGGGAUUAUUUUAACAUGCCCCUAAUCUAAUCUGACCUGAGACAGAGGAGAAUAACAAUUGCUUGACUAAUCCUUACUUACGGUUUUUAUAUUUUUCAUUGUAUAUGUUUAGAUUGAAACUUUAGAUUAUAUGUAUUAGAGUUAAUUUUGUGUAAGCUUGUGACAAAUAAGCAAUGUCACCAUGGACAUGUUGGUUGACCGCAGCAAACACUGGACCACAACCUGCCCCUCAGGGCCUGGCCUGUCAUUCGGGCACACACAAAGAGAAAGGAGAGAGAAAGAAAGAGAGAGUGAUAGAUGGAAGAAGAGGGGGGUCCUGUGGAGCUAGUGACGUAUGCCCAGGCCCCAGCAUCUCCGCACUUCUCAGUAGCAAGUAAGGAGCUUAACCACACAGCUUCAGUGCAAAGGGGUCAAUCGCUCGGAUUAUCACACUCGAAUUUGACAUCACAAUCCUCCGCACCUCUCUGUUUUUUAUAUUCUUUUUUUGGAAACCUUUGAACCUUUUGUAACCUUGACCUUUCCUUAUUUUUUUUACUUUCUAUGAUCUUUAUUGUUGUAGGUGAAAAUUGAUACAUUAUACUUUCACAAGUUCAGAGAGGACUGGCUGCUCAAAUAUGGACCGUAGUUUACUAUUACAGCUAAGAAAAAGGGUGUAUAAGGGUUGUUGAGUUUGGGGCUGGAUGGUAGCUUUUGGAACAGGGAUUCACCUUUCUUACCUUUGAAAACAUAACCCAAUGCCGCUGUCCAACAACAAGGUCGCUGACGAUGGAACUUCAACACAGCCACUGCAAGAGGGAAAAGCACUGGUGGACUCCCUUAUCAAGGCGGUGGCAUGUUAUCGGCACUUGGCCUCCUGUAUUGGUGGAUGCACGGACAACUCCAGCCUAAGACGUGAUCUUUGGCAAACACGAGAGCGAGCCCAGACUCUAGCGCUGUCCUGCCGAAACCACUUGACAGCUCGACUGAGGGAUAAAACAUUACCGGAGGCUGAGAGGAAGGAAACAGAGCAACUAUGGGUGGCAUUUUCCUCUUGUCUGGAGCUCUUACAUGCAGACAUGUGCAAGGUUUUCACCAUGGUCAAGCAAUUUUCCUUGGCCAAUAACAGUACCAUGGUGCAAACAGGCAUACAGGGGGGGACAACAGAGGUGGCAGCACGGGCUUUGAGCCUGCAUGGCCUGCAGGAGGCAGGUGACGGGCCCCAGACAUCCAGCAUGGAGGGUCAGGAGCUGAGUCAGCUGGAGCAAGAGAUUGCACAGGUGGACCGUACACUGGAGGACAUGGAGCUGAAGGUCAAUGUGCUGCGCUGGACAGUGGAGGCGCUGGGUCCUCAGUAUGCUGACCCCGUCAGCACUGACAGCGCUUCGCUAGCGCUGCUGUCCAUCGACGAAGAGGCAGCUCAAGGCUUUUGCAGUCGCAGCCAGAUGUUUGCAGCAAUGAUGCUGUGUGGUGUGGCAAUCUUUGCCGUGGUGCUAUCAGUGUGUGUGGUGUUCCUGGUCUGAAGUCUUAUCACUUGUGCUGUGUAGUCUUUUUCUUUUUCCAAGGUCUCUUCAGCUGUGUUCAGCCAAACAUCAACAGUCUGUUUACUUAUUAACUAUGUAACAGUUCCUUACUUUUGAUCUCAACAGCCUGUGACUCCUUUUUACAAAUCAAAAAAACCCUGCCAUUAAUUUUGAGUGUGUGAUCAGCAAAAGAAAGCAUGUUAAAUGAAUCUUCACUCUAAUGCUGAAUUGUAAUGUGAAAUUUGGGCAAGUAGUAAAAUCUGAUUUAUUUACUGAUGUAUAUCAGGAUGCUGUGCAUAAACACAAGAUCGGUUUUCUGUAGCUCAUGUUAUGGGCUUUUCAUAGGCUGGUUCAUCAUGUUAUCAGAACUUUGCUCAUCAUCUGUUUUCGUUUUUGAGCAAAUACAGUAUCAACACUGACACAACAAUUAAUCCUUUAACUAUUACCUAGCAAAUGUGUACUGUCUUCUAAAACACCACCAACAGAAAUGCAUAGGGCUUUAAUAUGUUAUGCACAUGUUUUUAUCUAUUGUGGCUUUUAAUUAUGUUUAAUUAUGUAGUUUAGAAACCCAUUACAAAAGCCAGAACCAAUAGAAUUGUUUUAAAAUGUUAGUCAGUGUUAACUGGUAUUAAUACUUUGUUACUAAUUAUAAACAAGUAGGAGUAAACUGAUAUUAAAAUAUAGUUAAUAAAAAGUUUACAGGAAAAAAAUGAAAUAUUGUAAUUACCUCAGCAUGAAGGCUGCUUUUUCAAAGACAUUUCAAAGACAUCCUUUAUGCACUGUAAUGUCUUCAUAUUCAAAUAUCUCAUGAAUAUUAUAUUUUGUAAAGAUAAAUAAAUAAAUAAAAUGAAAAUAAAUUAAUAAAUGUUAAAAAUAAAUACACUGUUAGAACGUGUUUACUAUAUAUGUGUCAUAAGAUCUGUCAGGCAACAUUAGACUAAAAUUAAGAGUCAAUUUCCAUGUUUAUUGCUAGAAAGAUGUAAAAUCACACACACACACACACACACACACAAUGAGGGGGUUACGCUGUAGAGGUAUCCCAUUUUUUUUGAUAACAGUGUAAAACAAUAUUUCUUUGACCUCCUGAGGUUGACAAUAAACAUGUUCUGAAGCACCUCUUUUCACUAACCAUUUGUUGAACAAUAAAAAUACUUAAUAUUUAAUUGUUUGAGGCACUACUUUGUACUCGGGAAAUCACUGUAUACAAUUUAGAUAAACUUUAUGACGUGCCUAAGUUCAGAACGUCAGUAAGUUUUGUAUUAUGCACGUGAAACGUC